AUGCACGCAAAAUUUUAUGCACUUGCAAUUGCAGCGCUGGCGCACUGCGCGCACGCGCGAGUGUCGUUUGAUGAGAUCAUAGAGGUGCAAAACACUAAAGUAGGAAAGAGUAACGCCUUCAUCAACCCGAGGGGCCCACUCUGCCUGCUACGCGGGCUCGUGUACUCCGAGCUAGCGUGCAUGCACAACAAGCGCUUCUUUGCUCCUGAAAUAGAAACUGACUACAAAGUGGAGCCCGGUCAGGAUGUUAAAAAAAUAUGGGGCCACACAUACACAAGAAAAGCGCAGAAUGACAAACCCUAUCCGUCUGCAGAGGGACCCGCUCUGGGCUCCAAGCCUGCGAGCACAGACUACGCCAAGGAGUACCACCGCACCCUCAUCGAGAUGUUUCCGUCUGUCGACGGGCAAACUCUGUCCGUGGCUGUCGCCCGAGAGGACUCCUUCUUCCAGGCUCUGCAGAGAAUGCCCAGCAAACACGCGCACUGCGUGCUGGCUGCGCUCCUUCUGCUGAGCGAGGGAAUAGACGUGCCCAUCAAGGCCACGCAGAAAACAAUCACACUGGAGACAGGCAGCAUAAAAGUUGGAGCAGACUCGUGCAAAAAGGCUGCCCAAGUCAUAAACUUCUUCAAAGACAACAAAGGGAAAGGAAAGCUGCCGGGCACGCAAAGCGACUUCAACACCGGCGACUUUCUAAACACGCCGCAGUUCCUCAUCCAGGCGUACGUCUUUGAGUACAUCACGAGCAAGAGCGACGCCCUGGACUUCGCAGCGUGUGCGCACGCCAUCCUCACAAGCCUGCCAGAAGACAGCUGCAAAGACGUAUACAACGCGUGCUUUGUGGGGAGCAAGGCUGAGGCUGAAGAAGACGAGCUUCUGCGCCCGCUUAGGAUGAUUCAGACAAAAAUGGAGAUUCUACAGACGUUCCCGUUCGCCAGCCCGAGCAUGCUGCCGGCGUACACAAGCGUGCGCGCCUGCAAGAGAGGCCAAACCGAGUUUCUGGAGGAAACCUUCAGCAACUGCGUGGAGACCGGCCUGUUUGCGCUCUUCUGCUGCCUUGCACACGACCCAGACCAGAAAGAAUACGACGCGGACGCCAUGCUCGGCAAGAAAAAAGGGCACAAGACAACAGAGGCCCUCCGCAAAUUCUUCCAGUUGAAGGGCGUCAGCCCAAAGGUGUGCGCCACCAAAGAGACAAUGCAGGAGUGGAACCGCGUCGUGUCUGACCUGCAGAGCGAGCACAUCGCGUAUGUAAGGCCCAGCCGAAACGAGGUGCGCUCCGGAAUUUUCAACGUGCUCUACGUUGUCGCAGAGGCAGCAGGCAGGCGAGAGAAGGAGGAAGAGCCGAGAAUACGCGAGCUUGAGCUGAUGCUAGAAGGCUGCAAGAUUGGCAAAACCUCUGGAGACGUGUUUGAAAAAACAAAAAAGUACAUGGCAGAGCUUUUCGCGUCGCUCUCCGUGGAUAAAUCCUUAAAAGUCAGCUUUUCUGACUUGAUGGUCGACGCCCGAAGCGACGGGCAGAAAGACCUCUAUGGAAAAAUCACCCUGAAGUACACAGACAAAGACAGCGUGGUCGAGCAGGGCAUAUGCCUUGCCUUUAAGCCUGGACAUCUUACAGUUACUCUGUGCCCGUGCGUCUUUCUUUCUUUUACGGACGAAGAAAAAGAGGCCUUCUUUGCGGUGGACAGCUACUCAGAGCCUGCAGACUUUGCUGAAUGCCUGCUUGCCAAGUACGCAGACGCGUGGAGGGCCAGGGGCAUGGAUCCUCGAGGGAAAAUGCUUGCCGAACGCAUACGGGAGGCCACAGGCCGCCUGGCGGCAGAUGCAGCCCCAGAGCACCCAAACGAGCUUUUGGUGCUGGGGCUGGCUUUAAAGCAGGACCAGACAUUCGCAAUCACUAAGGACUUCAUCUUCCAUGCAGCAGCAAAAGGCACCGAGCUCACCCAGGAGCACCCAGGCGUGCGCCUCCUCUCGAACCUGCUCGGCAGCCUUCCGCUGGAGGACAAUGCAACGCAGCGCAAUUCGCUGGGGAAUAUAGUAUGCCUGGAUAUGCUGGGCAGGCUAUUUCCAAAAAUCGGCCUGUCAAAGGGAAGACUUGUUAUAUUCUAUAGAAACCCAUACAACGUUAUCGACAUAUGGAAGUACACCGGAACCAACUGCGCGCCCGCGGGAAAUGCCAUCAUGAAGUACCUUACAGAGUACAAAGAUAAAGCAGGCCAGCCUCUUUUCUUGUGCCAGCCACUAUUAAGGAGUUUCGACAUCGAUGUUUUGUUUUCUCUUUUGCUUGUAGACAACUCAACGGCCCGCAUUGACAAAAUCUGCGAGCUUAUUGUGGAUGUGGAAGAAGAACAUCUGGAGAUGGCGCGAGACGCCAAGGAAAUCUUCGAACUCCUCCUGUUCCUCGCCAGCUUGAAACGCAAAGACACCCCGUCCGAGCUGGUGCUUGCUCUGUGGAGAAGGGUUGGGCUAAACUCGAUCGACGCGUACAGACGCAGCUAUUAUAUAGACAGCAAUGAAGCUUCUGCGUUUCUGCAGGAUCUGGAGAUGCGCCGGAGCGCUCUGUCGCAGGUGCCCGGCGGAGAAGAAGUGUUCAACAGCGUGGUGGGCAUGCUCCAGUCCAUAGUAGACCAGAAUGAAUAG